CACAAAUCUCAGAACUAGAUUUUACCCUGGGCUGGGAAGAGCUGGAACUCAGCAAGAGCAGCUGCACUAAGAGAUGUGGGCGGGACGACGUGUGGAGGAGCUGCAGAGCCCGGCGUUCACUGUGGAUAUCGACGUGGCGAAGAGGAAUGCGCAGCGCAUGAGAGAGCGCUGCCGGGCCCUGGGCGUGACCCUGCGGCCUCACAUGAAAACCCACAAGACCCUGGAAGGUGGACGCCUCAUGACCGAGGGCACGCGGCGGAGGAUCGUGGUGUCCACCCUGGCCGAGGCCCGGUUCUUUGCGGACGGCGGCUUUGACGACAUCUUGUACGCCUACCCCCUGCCUUUCGACAAGGUGGACGAGUGCGUCGCCCUGGCGGAGCGGCUGGAAGCCUUCCACGUGCUUGUGGACAGCCAGGACGCCCUGGCCCUGCUGAAGGCGAGGACUUUGCACCAGAACAAGCGCUGGAAGGUGUGGCUGAAGAUAGACUCUGAAAACGGCCGAGCCGGGUUGAGACAUACUGAUCCAGCAGCCCUCGGACUGGCUAAGGCGAUCGCCGAGGGAACAACGGAGCUGGCCGGGAUCUACGCGUAUUGCGGCAACUCGUACAACUGCCACGGGUUGUCCGAAAUCCAGUCUGUGGCUGAAGCCACCACAGGGUUGACCCUGAACUUCAUGGACAGGCUGCAGGAAGCUGGGGUCAGCUGCUCCGUCUGUAGCAUUGGUUCAACUCCAUCCUGCAGCCACCCCGUCCCCGAGAUGGGCAAGAUCAGUGAAGUGCAUCCUGGGAACUAUAUCUUCUAUGAUGUCCAGCAGAUGAUGAUUGGUUCUUGCCAACUGGAAGACAUUGCCGUCCGGGUCCUGACAAGGGUGAUAGGCCACUAUCCCCAUCGCAACCAGCUGCUGGUGGACUGCGGUUGGACCGGCUUGAGCCUCCAUAGCCUUGGCCAACUUCCAACGGGUUAUGCCCUGGUGGAUGGCCACCCCGACCUCAAGUUGGUGGAGAUGACCCAGGAGCAUGGCCGAAUCGAACCCAUCGCAGGCAAGUUGGAUUUCGCCAAGUUCCCCUUGGGCAGCCUCCUGGCCUUGAUUCCCUACCAUGCCUGUGCAACAGCUGCCAUGCACCCACUUUACUACGUCCAUAGCAAGGGCCUGGUGGUGGAGACCUGGAAGCCAGUCAGAGGCUGGUAGGAAGAUGUGGUGAGCAAAGUUUGCUAGAAGACGGCUCAGCCACGAAGAUCUCUCUGAAGAUUGAUGGACGUGAUCUUUAUGCCCAGGCCCUGUUACCAGGAGUGGUUUGAGCUCUUCUCUAGUUCAGUAAAACUGUGCUCACAUUAAGUAGGGUGACCGUAUGAAAAGGAGGACAGGGCUCCUGUAUCUUUAACAGUUGUAUUGAAAAGGGAAUUUCAGCAGGUGUCAUUUGUAUAUUUGGAGAACCUGGUGAAAUUCCCUCUUCAUCACAACAGUUAAAGCUGCGGGAGCCCUGCCCUCCUUUGUUUCUGGUCAUUCUAGCAUAGCUCCUGCAGCUUUAACUGUUGUGAUGAAAAGGAAAUUUCACCAGGUUCCCCAUAUAUACAAAUGACACCUGCUGAAAUUCCCU